GAGCUGAGGGAAAUAGAGCAUCUGAGGCAAGGAGAAGCAAGAAUAGAGGAAAAAGACGUUGACAUUUACAUACCUCAAGCUGAAGAUAAGUGAAGAUCCCAUGAUGAAGGUCCUACCCAUUCUGACCAUGAUGCUACUCGGGGAGUCUGCCAUGGUGCUCAACGCCCUAAACUCCACCGAACCUAAACGGGUCUCUGGGAAGGUCAAGGACUUUCUUCAUUGUCCUGGCCAUUCUACCUGGUAUAAACUGGGGAACAAAUGUGUUAAGCACUUCAAGGAACAAUUGGACUUUCAAUCUGCUGAGGAUUUCUGCCACUCUCAAAAGAGCAAAGCUCAUCUGAUAUCAAUCCACUCUGCCCUGGAGAACGACAACGUGGAUGUUUUUGCUCAGAGGUUCAGCAGAAAUUCCCCUCGCAUCUGGCUUGGCGGUUUUACAGUAUCCAACCCUCUUCAGCCUCACCGCUACCUCUGGACUGAUGGGUCCCCCAUGAACUACUAUUCCUGGCUUCAGAACCCCAGGCAGCCAUCCGGUGAUGGACACUGCAUGGAAAUGAACUGGCAAGGAAAAGGGGAUUGGAAUGAUAAGCCGUGCAGCCAAACCAAUUACUUUCUGUGUGCCUUCAUACCUGGUGAAAGAGAGGAAACGAAAGGAGGAGAAGAAGAAGAGGGGACGGUGGAGAAAGGGAGGGGGAGGUUUAUCAUUUAAAGUAGAUGACAGAUGAGCAGUACAGCAGUAUAUACAACCUGUCAGAUACGCUUUGCAUUACAGCUUUCUCAGACAUCACGACACCAGGACCCUGUAAAAUGUUAGAGAAAACCCACUGCUCAAAGACUAAGCCUUUGUCAGCUAAAAGUUUUCACCAUCACAGUCAGUUUCAGUCCGCCCAAAGUAAGAUUUAAUGAAACAACUGAUUGUAUUAGAAACCUCUAAACACAUUGCAUUUGAGAAUUCUAUCUAGGCCUAUUGUCAGAAAAUAGUGUAACCUAAUCUAUUUUCAGGGGGAAUGGUGUUGAUAAAAUGCUGCUUGACUUGUUUGUACUAUGAAGGACUGUGCAUUGCUUGCCUAGCAAAUAAAAAAGGAAUACAAAAAUAUCUUCAUUAAUCAAUAAUCAUUGCAUGAUUUUCUUUUGUUGACCUGGCCUUAUUUAGCAACCAGAUGGGGACAAGGAGUCAAUACAUAACAAUACAGCCUCAUCUUAUUUAUAGAUGGAUAACCCACUGGGUUGACUUGACAGAUUUAGAAUUUAACCUACUACCUUUUCCAUUCGGUGCCCUAUUUGAGUAGUGUGCCCAAAACAGAGAGCAUGCAUGAUAUUUACUUUGCAUGUGUUUUUACGCAUGCUAUUGAUCAGAGAGAGAAAGAUUGAUCUAAACAUCAGCGCCACAGGCAACUUCCACAAAGCUGUGAACGAGCUAAGAGACAAGGCAAGAAGGGCCUUCUAUGCUAUCAAAAGGGGACAUCAAAUUCGACAUACUUAUUAGGAUCUGGCUAAAAAUACUUGAAUCAGUUAUAGAACCCAUUUCCCUUUAUGGUUGUGAGGUCUGUGGUCCGCUCACCAACCAAGUAUACACAAAAUGAGACAAACACCAAAUUGAGAGUGCAUUUAGAAUUCUGCAAAAAUAUCUCAUGUGUAAAAACGAAAAACACCAAAUAAGGCAUGCAGAGCAGAAUCAGGCCGAUACCCGCUAAUUAUCAAAAUCCAGAAAAGAGCCUUUAAAUUCUACAACCACCUAAAAGGAAGCAAUUCCCAAACCUUCCAUAACAAAGCCAUCACCCACAGAGAGAUGAACCUGGAGAAGAGUCCCCUAAGCAAGCUGGUCCUGGGGCUCUGUUCACAAACACAAACAGACCCCACAGAGCCCCAGGACAGCAACACAACUAGACCCAAACAAAUCAUGAGAAAACAAAAAAGCAUUAGCAUUGGAAAGAAUUAUUUAAAAAACAGAGCAAACUAGAAUUCUAAUUGGCCCUGAAACGAGAGUACACAGUGGCAGAAUACCUGACCACUGUGACUGACCUAAACUUAAGGAAAGUUUUGACUAUGCCUUGCUAUUGAGAAGGGCCACCAUAGGCAGACCGGACUCUCAAGAGAAGACAGGCUAGGUGCAACACUGCCCACAAAACCUCCUGACAAAUGUACAGUAUGACAAUAUUAGAGACACAUAUUUCCCUCAGAUUACACAGAUCCACAAAGAAUUCAAAAACAAACCCCAUUUUGGGUGAAAUAUUACUGUGCCAUCACAGCAGCAAGACUGCUCACAGGAAAAGGGCAACCAGUGAAGAACAAACACCAUUGUAAAUUCAACCCAUAUUUGUGUUUAUUUAUUUUCCCAAUUGUACUUUCACUAUUUGCACAUAGUUACAACACUGUACAUUUACAUAAUAUGACAUUUGAAAUGUCUUUAUUCUUUUGGAACUUCUGUGAGUGUAAUGUUUACUGUAAAUUUCUAUUGUGUAUUUCACUUUUGUUUAUUCUCUACUUUACUUGCUUUGGCAAUGUUAACAUAUGUUUCUCAUGCCAAUAAAGUCCAUGAAUUGAA